AUGUGUUACUAUGGAGGAUACUAUGGAGGCCUGGGCUAUGGCUAUGGUGGCCUAGGCUAUGGCUAUGGCUGUGGCUGUGGUUGCGGCUAUGGCUAUGGUGGCUAUGGCUAUGGCUGUUGCCGCCCACUGUGCUGCAGGAGGUACUGGUCCUGUGGCUUCUACUGA